CAGGCCCGCUUUCUGUCAAAAUGGCGGCGCCCAGCGUACAUGGGUAUCUGUUCAGUUGGGGUUUAAGAUUCUUGCCCGUGAGAGCGAGCUAGCCUGCCACGCUUCUGAUUUUGAAACACUUGGGUCUGGGUUUCCCGGGAGAGCGGUGAAACCCGUGAGAAGUUUCUACAAUGGUGGGCUCAGCUCUCAGGAGAGGUUCUCAUGCAUAUGUCUACCUGAUGAGUAAGGCCGGUCACAUCUCCAGAGGCCAUCAGCAUCAGGCCUGGGGCUCGAGGCCUGCUGCAGUAGAGUGUGUUGCCCUGAGAGCCCCAGGCAGUGUGGUGGAGCUGCUUGGCAAAUCCUACCCGCAGGACGACCACAGCAACCUCACCCAGAAGGUCCUCGCCAGGGUUGGCAGGAACUUGCACAACCAGCAGCAUCACCCUCUGUGGCUGAUCAAGGAGCGGGUGAAGGACCACUUCUACAGACAGUAUGUGGGCCGCUCCGGGACCCCGUUGUUCUCUGUCCACGACAACCUUUCCCCAGUGGUCACGACCUGGCAGAACUUUGACAGCCUACUCAUCCCAGCUGAGCACCCCAGCAGGAAGAAGGGGGACAACUAUUACCUGAAUCGGACUCACAUGUUGAGAGCGCACACAUCUGCACACCAGUGGGACUUGCUGCACGCAGGGCUGGAUGCCUUCCUGGUGGUGGGUGAUGUCUACAGGCGUGACCAGAUUGACUCCCAGCACUACCCUGUUUUCCACCAGCUGGAGGCUGUGCGGCUCUUCUCCAAGCAUGAGUUAUUUGCUGGUAUAGAGGAUGGAGAAAGCCUGCAGCUCUUUGAACAAAGUUCUCGCUCUACACAUAAACAAGAGACUCACACCAUGGAGGCCAUGAAGCUUGUAGAGUUUGAUCUUAAGCAAACGCUUACCAGGCUCAUGACACAUCUUUUUGGAGAUGGGCUGGAGAUAAGAUGGGUAGACUGCUAUUUUCCUUUUACGCAUCCUUCCUUUGAGAUGGAGAUCAACUUCCAUGGAGAAUGGCUGGAAGUUCUUGGCUGCGGGGUGAUGGAGCAACAACUGGUCAAUUCAGCUGGUGCUCAAGACCGAAUCGGCUGGGCUUUUGGCCUAGGAUUAGAAAGGCUAGCCAUGAUUCUGUAUGACAUCCCUGAUAUCCGUCUCUUCUGGAGUGAGGACGAGCGUUUCCUGAAGCAGUUCCGUGUAGCUAACAUUAAUCAGAAGGUGAAGUUUCAGCCUCUUAGCAAAUAUCCUGCUCUGAUAAAUGAUAUUUCAUUCUGGUUGCCCUCUGAGACUUACGCAGAGAAUGAUUUCUAUGACUUAGUCCGAACGAUUGGAGGAGACCUGGUGGAAAAGGUUGAUCUCAUAGACAAGUUUGAACAUCCAAAGGUCCCCUAAACAGAACAAUGACUUUCAAAAGAAAUAGUGGAGAGGAAACUAUUAAAAUUGAAUUUCCAUGUCGCAGUUUUGACAGUUUAUCAGUGAUUCAUCACCAUAAAGAAUCUCUUACUCUCCAUCCUUGCCCUGUGACUAGAUUAACACCAGGAAGCAGCCAUCUCUUUAGAAAAGCUUCUAUCCUUCACUGAUUUCUCCUGAGUGCCGGGUCCUCCCAAAACUCCUGUCUUUUUGUCUUGACUUAGGAACCCCCACUUCCCCAACCCCCUAAAACACACAUUUCCUUCAUAACAAGACCCUAGAGGGAGAUCCUUUUGCUUUCCAUUUUACUUCCCGGUUCCUGAGGGUGUUACUUUUCAUAAUAAAAAAAUUCAUCAAAGUGUUUUCCUAAAGAGUUGUUCUCCCUCUAAAGUUGAAUUUCAUCCUCCAACCCAGUAUGGACACUGCGAUAGCCAUGUAUAUGCUCAUAGCAAUCUUUCCUUCCUGCUACAUAAUCACAGCUAUUUUAAUGAUUAUUUGAUUUCAACAGACUGUAGUGUAGCUCUGAUGCUGUCAGGGUGUUGGUGAAGGCAUUAGAAACAGUGUUUGUGCUCAGAGCACUUGUGUGUGCUUGGACAUCAUGCGGAUGUGAGCAAAGUCGUACUUCAGUACAGGUUCCCAACCAACACUGAGACACAUAACCAGGAAAACACAACUGCAGCUGAUGGUCAGAAUACCCACGGGUUAGGCAUAAGCAUCCACACCACCAGCUUGGACAGCUGUCACCUGCCCUUGUUUAUCCACGGGGUCAACAAGAAAAGGAUUUCUGGCAGGCAUCUCUAUCAAAAACACACAUGGACAUAGGGAAAAUGUUAAAGGAGAAUUGUGAUCGAUUAGAAUUAAAAGGAAAAUCAGUCUUCCCUGUAUUUCCCAUACAGCUGCCCCAUCUGUCCUGCCAUCAGCACCACAUGAGGUGUAUAUAGAAGAUGGUAUAUUGUUACCUUUUUAUUAGGCUGCUUCUAGAAGAUUCAGCAAGUAUCCACAGUCCCACCACCUAAUCUGUAACACAUGGCCAACAUUUUGGUGUAUUUCCUUCUAAUUUUGUUUCCAUGGACAUCCUUUUCGUUCUGCAAAAAGUACAUACGUUGUCUUGUUUUUUUGUUUUUUUUUUUUUACUUCUAUAAAGUCAUGUUAUGGUAGCUUCAACAGUCAGUGAGAAAAUUUUUGUUCUAAUAGAAGAAUGAGCAGCGGCUCAAUAAAAACACUUCACUAAGCAGUUUAUCCACACUUAUAGCCAGAAAACAAAAUUUAAAAGUU